GCGAUGACACUUUGACAGAUUGUAAAGAAAAACAUGCUUGUUUGCAUGCACUGAUUGCGUUGAGAUAUAUUUUUUUUUGUAUUUGCCGGUGAUAAAUAUCACAGCAGCAUUGAGAAGUACGUUGUAAAAUGGAAAAGGGUAAGAAGCCUGUAAAAAAUGCCAAGAAGAUAAGCAAUAACAAAAAUGACAAAAAGGCCCAAAUCAAUAACCAGAUAAUCCAACUGCAAGGGAAAUUCAAGCAGGCAAAAGUGGCUACCGUUCGUAAGCUUGUAGACAAAUUGAAACACCCGGAAAAAAAUCCGAAGCAAAAUCGAGCGGCCAAAUCUGAACGUUAUCAAAAUGUUUUGAAUCAAAUUAAGCACAUGUCACCGAAGCGACUUGGUUUACUGGCACUCAUGUAUUACAAAUCGGGAAAGAACUAUCUGGCCGAUUCCAGUUCAACCGUUGACCAGCUUGUUGUGGGAUACUUUUGCGAGCACAAAAGUGUAAAUGAUAUUUUGGAUGCGAUUAGGAAGAAAUUGAAAUUGGACGAGUCAUGGAAUUGGAGAAGAUCAGUUAGGAAAUUAUUCAAAAAGAAAAACAAGACUUUGAAUGCAGAAAAAGUGAAAAAGAAGAAGAAUUCGUUCACUGAAACCGAUGGCACUGAUUCGACGGCAACAACAAAGGGUAAACAUAAAAAGGAUCAACAAAAAGCAGAACCAAAUGGUAAACCAGAGAAGGCCGUUAAACCUAAGAAGAAACAAAAAGAGCCUGAUGCUGAACCGAGCGAAUCGGAAGAGUCUGAUUCGAGUGAAAGUGAUGACGAUGUCGAUGUUAGACCCGCCGAAAAGAACCAAGUGUCCGAGCCACCAACAACAGUUGAUGACUUCUUCAUAACAGCCGACGGAUCAAACUACCUAUCGACCGCUAUACCGAAUCAAAAGCAGGAAGUAGACUCUGAUGGUGAAACCAAUCAACGUUUGUAUCGCAGCAAAGACUUUGAUAGGAAACCAAAAGAAGCAUCGUUCUUCCACAAGAGUGACAAAAAACCAGUAAAACUAGCAGUCAACCGAUCUGAGGGCACGAAACGCAAAUGGUUAGACGAUAGAGAGGAACAAACGGGUCAACCAAUGGAGAAAAAGGUUGAUCCAGAACUGCAUCCAUCGUGGCAAGCAAAACAAAAACUAAAACCAACCAUUACCGAAUUCAAGGGAAAGAAAAUUACAUUCGAUUGAAGUAGUUCAUAUCAUUAUUUUUUUCUGUAAAUCAUUUUCAUAUGCAUAAAUAAAAUCAGUUGAUUUUAGCGUA